AUGACAGCAAUAUAUACAACAAUGAUAGAAUCACGUGAUACAAUUAUUUUAUGGAAAGAUUACACAAUACUGAUAAAUUACAGAGCGGAAAGAUAUAUCAAAACAGAUGAAUUAGCUAUGGACGUACGAGGGACUGCCAUUUUAGAAGGAAUUCCAGUUAGAAAUAUGUUCGAAUUUGGCACUCAUGAUUUGAAUGGAGGCCCUUUAAAUAUACAAGGCACAGUGUCAUUAACAUUAAAUUAG